AUGAGAACCGCCACAUUGUUCAAGAAAGUCGAACUUGUAACAACCCCAAUAAACGAGGCGAUCAAGCCGAUGCUCUGGCUUAUGGGCACGUGGAAAGCAGUAAAAGCCGACGGAUUCUACCCCACCAUGAAGCCGUUUAAAUACGGCGAGCGCAUGAAGUUUGUAUCCAUAGGCCAGCCCAACAUGUUCUACAGCUCGAUCACCUGGAAGUUGAAGGAGAAAACCCCGUGGCACUUGGAGUGCGGGUACUUGAGAAUCAAACCAAAAACUUGUGAGGUCAACUUUUUGGUCACCCAAAACUUCGGACUCUCCUCCGUCGACUGCGGAACCGUGGAGGAAGGUUCGAUGACGGUCUCCUCCGACGAGGAUAUGAUCAGCCGGAUCACUUUUGCCAGCAAGCCUUUCGUUAAGAAAAUGAUGAGGUGCUACAGGCUCAACGACAAAGGUGAGCUCGAGUAUACCAUGUUCAUGGAGACGACAGCCACUCCGAUGACGCAACACUUGGACGUGUUGUUCAAGAAGGAGGAGACUUGCUAA